UGCUUCAGAAACGAAACAACUUCGACAGACAUCAUUGACUGAAAAGCAAAACACAAGUUUGAGAUCGCCAUGAACAAGUUUGAUAAGAAACCACAACCCGGAGACCUCAUUGAAAUCUUUCGAGGCAUUUAUCAGCACUGGGCUAUUUAUGUCGGAGAUGGUUAUGUGAUUCACCUGGUUCCACCCUCUGAAUAUGCUCAUGCCGGGGCCAACAGUAUGAUGUCUGUGCUACACGAAAGAGCCAAAGUGAAGAAGGAAAACCUUUAUGAAGUAGUUGGCGAUCAUGAUUACCGUAUCAACAACUUUCUGGAUGACAAAUAUGAGCCUCGUCCGAUUCAUGAGAUUCUGCAGGACGCCUACAGUGUUUUAGGACAAGAACGUUCGUAUAGUGUGUUCAGUGGGAACUGUGAGCACUUUGUUACCGAGCUGAGAUACGGAAAGGCUCACUCUCGACAGGUGCGAAAAGCAGUGGAGAUGGGUGUUGCUGCAGGAAUUAGCUUCGGAGUCCUUGCUUAUGCUGUUGUAAAGAUCUUUGGUUCAAACAACAAAGAGAAGCAAACACAAUGAACAGUGGAUAAUAAAGAGCUAUUGCUAUUGCUAAAGCUAUUGUUGAUGACUUUUUUUGAAAUAUAGUUUGGGGCAUUUUAUCUAAUUUAUUUUGUAUGUGUCGUUUGGUUUACCAUGUUUACAUUGUAAUCCCUGUAUCAUUAUAAAUAUUUCUAAAACCGUAUUGUUAAUAACACACCAUAAAAAAAGUCUGUUAAGAAUUUCUGUAUUUUGUGAAUCAUAAGCGUUUUCUGUUUAUUUAUGGUUGUAAAUUGCAUUAUGAGAUGUUGAUCUCUGCUCUGUCCACUUUUGACGAUGAAAAUUCAACUCUGCAGUUUAACAAAAUUAAUUUUCUUGACAUUUUAGUAUAGUUUGAAAUAAUAUGAUGUAUAAGAAAUGAUAUUUAGAGAAAUAAGUUUGUGAAAUAAUAGAAAAUAAACUGGCAGUUUAUUACGAGGGUUUAGUAGUAUAAAAUACAACAGCAACCCAGACAAUAUUUCACUUAAAACUAUUCAAAUUUUUUAACAAAAGUCAAACUUUUCAAUGUUAAAAGUUGCAAGAAAGGUCAAGCUCCCAUAAUGCAAUUCAAAAGCACAAACAAAUGGCAAAAAAUAAAAACAUGAACCACAUUAUAUGGAAAUGCUUGGCUCACAAACAUGUAUAAAUGUUCAUAAAUGUAAUGUAAAGCUGUUUACAAUGAAAUUAACUGUGUCUGACAUAAAUCUGAUAACAAAUAAAACUUGAUUUGUGGUGAUGCAGUC